AUGGUGGCGAAGGAGCGCUUUCUUGAUCUUGAGGGCGCUGGCGGCAGGAUGUGGCGACACCCGAAGCACGCAACUGUCUACCUCAAGGAUCACGCCAAGACCGCCAGUGUCAAAUCUACCACCGAAGUUCUGGGGAAGAUGCACCGGCAGCAGCUGGAAGUGAAUGUGAUGCACUUCAAUGCAGCCAUGUCCGCACGCAGCGGGCGCCGCAAGGGCAAGCGGGAUUCGGAUGCCUGGGCUGACUGGGCUGCAGCGGUGCAACUCUUUGAUCGCAUGCAGCAGGAAGAUGUGCUUCCGAGUCUCAUCAGCUUCAACCAGCUCAUCUCCUGGCUCUCCGAGAGAUGGCAGAGGGCCCUAAGAGCGCUGGAAGACGCACCGGGGGAUGCCAGAGGGAGGAGCAGGAGCAGCUUGAAUGCCGCGAUGUCUGCCUGUGCUCGCGGGCGUUUUUGGACUUCAGCCUUGCAGUUGUUCCUGGCGCCCCCCGGGCCAGACCAAGUGAGUCUGGGAGCGGCGAUCUUGGCCUGCGAAGAGCAGUGGCAGACUGCGCUGCUUCUUCUGGACUUACCGACGCGACGCCGGCUCUAUCCAGAUGUCAUAGCCUGCACUUCUCUGAUUCGUGCCUGUGGAAGUUGUCAACAGUGGCAGAUGGCUCUAGCAGUGUUGGCUGAGAUGGAUGGGAGAGUCAGGGCCAAUGAAUUCACUUUUGGCGCCGUGAUCACUGCGUGUGCAAACGGGAGUCAGUGGUCCACCGCAUUACAUUUGCUGAGUGUCCUGAUAGAGCAGAAACUCCUCGUGAACGAAAUCAUCUGCAGCGCGGCCAUCAGCGCAUGCAGCAAAGCCAGCUGUUGGGAAGCAGCCCUCUCCUUGCUGUCCACGUUCCGGCCGAGGAGUCUUCGGCUGGAUAACGUUUCCUACAACCCCACAAUUGCAGCCUGUGGCUCCGAAACCUGGGAGUUGGCACUGCUGCUUCUGCAACGGAUGCCCACACAUUCCCUGCGUUCGGAUCAAUACACCCAGACGGCGGCCUCUGCGGCUCUGGCGGCUCUGGCCCAAGGCUGGCGACGUGCUUUGACCCUUGGUCACCCCGUUCUCCCAAACGGGGCGCCCUGGGAGCAGGCUCUUCUGAGCCUUCACCUCUCCAGUCUGGCGCUCCGCCUCCGCGCCUUGGAGGCUGCCCUGCUCGUGUCGACCUCCAAGGAGAACGCUCUCUCCGCCUCCGGGCCAACCUGGCGCAGGGUCUUGGCCCUGUUCUGCCUGUGCCACCGCGGCCUGAGGCGCAGCUGCGCGAGCUUCGCAAACGUCGCAAGGCUCCGCAAGUGGCCGCAAUCCCUUCACAUUGCAGAGCGGAUGGGUCAGGCCGGGAUCCCUUCUUCGAUGGUUGUACAGAGCUCCGUCAUGGGCUCCGUGGGUGUGGAAAGCUCAAGGUGGCGGCUGGCACUUUCCAUUUUUCAUCGGUUGAGCCGAGAUGUUCAGGCUGAUGUCGUCGCCUUCUGUGUCAUGUCCACUAGCUUUGGGGAAGCCAGUGAGUGGGGGAAAUCCUUGCUCUUGCAUGGCGAACAGAUGCACCAGUUGGUGACUUUUCGGACAAGCAUUACAGCGUGCGAGAGGGGCUCGCAAUGGCAGUGUGGACUUCAUGUUCUCGACGCUUCGCAGGCGGCCGGCUUUCACGAUGCCAACAGUUGCAGCGCCGCAAUCAGUGCCUGCGAGAACUGUGGGGAGUGGGAGAUCGCCUUGGAGCUGCUUCAGACGAUGCUUCGACAGGAACUCCGACCUGACAGCUUCACCCUCAGUGCAACCAUUUCUGCCUGUGCUAAUUCUGGCAACUGGCAGCUGGCGGUCGACUUGUUGGAGUGCAUGGAUGACUGGCGAAUUCCUGCAAAUGGGAUCUGCUUGACUGCGGCCAUUAGUGCUUGCCGUGCCUCUGCCCAGUGGCAGUUGGCAUGUGAUUUACUUCAGAGAGUUGCAUUGCACGAUUUCGUUUUUGAUGAGCUUGCUUGCACAGCAAGCAUGGGCGCUUGUGGGCAAGCUAGCCAGUGGCAGCGUGCUACGCAGCUUCUGCCCUGGCUGCAGGGCUACGGCCUACAACAGUCUGAAUUCGUCUUCGGAGCUGCAGUUGGCGCUUGCGCCAAGGGUCAAGCAAGCGCUUUUUGA